UAACAACAAAGCGGCAAAGCGUAGUGGCACAGAGCGAGAGUGAAAAGAGGGAAAAAGGGCCAAAAUCCCAAGGUUUGGAAACUGGGAGUCCGAAAGUGAAAGGGAGCGGAGAAGAUAUGCAAUGGCUAAUACUAGUAACAGUAGAAUUCUGUCGAGUUUGGUUCACGCUCUUCGUGAACGCAUUGCAGCAACUCCUUCCACUCCUCCAAACAACAACCUUAGCACUUGCGCUGACGAUGAUGCUUUAGAGACCAAGUUCCGUGCUGUUCUUCCCAAUCUUCUUAACGGCUACGUUGUUCCCUCUUCUUCUGCCAAUGAACGAGAAGUUAUAGCUGUGCUGAAGCUCAUUUCUCACACAGCAAGGAAUUUUCCUGGAGUUUUUUACCAUGGCAAACCUAGUGCAGUUUUGCCCCUGAUUGGUCGGAUAUUGCCUUUUUUUGCUGAACCUGCAUUUAGUUCUCGACAUGGAGUGAUUUUUGAAACAGUUGGACCCCUUCUAUCGCUGCUUCGUACCGGAUCUCGAGAUGCAUAUCGAACACUUUUCAUCGAUGCCAUGUGUACCAUUGAAGAUAUUUUGCAUAUAGCAUCCCUCUCUUCGGAAAACUCAAGAAUUACAGAAGCCGCCAGAUUACAUUUAAAGUGUUUCCAUCGGUCCUUUUCCGGAAAUUUAAGUGAUUCUACAUGUCUCUGUGAUCUACCAACGAGCAAUAAACCCAUUGAUGGCCCUGGCAUCUUGAUUAACCUCUUGGGCAGAGACAGGUGGCUGCCUUUUGCAACUUGGAUCAUAAAGUUUCUUAGCAAAUGUUUAACUGAAGGAACACUAUAUGUAGAAGGUCUCAUGAAUACAUCAUUUGUUUCUGCUGCAUGCUCUCUUUUAUGUUAUGGAGAUGCUGAUUUGCAAAUGGCAUGUUUUGACUUUGCACGUGUCAUUGGAUCAGUGAUGAGUUAUGACACUGUUCCUCAUCAGAACUUAAUCCAAUCAAUAUCCACCAUUUUAGGUGAGGACAAGGAGGGACUCCCUGUAUUCAGGAGCUCAGCAUAUGAUUCCUCCAUAGGUGGUUGCCUUAGGGCAAUGCACACUAGCUGUCCUGAUGAUGUUGUCAAGCUAACAGCUGAAGAUUUAGUUAAUAUUUUCCAUCGCUCAAUGUGGAGAACCAAAAGCAUGGAGCUCAAGGUUGCAUUGUGCACUGCAUAUAUACGGAUUUCAAGAACUUGUCCCCCUCAUAUAUGGAGGCCUGAAUCUCUUAUUAAUGUACUUUGUUGUCCUGAGCCAUGCAUUUUGUUGAUUGACUGUGUUCAAGUUGCUCUCUCUGUUCUUGGUCCUCAUCGUGUUGGAGAGAGAACAGAUCAUACUAAGCUGGUUUUAUCAACCUCAAGUGAUAAACUAAUAGCAAGUCCGAAGGUUGGGGAAAAAAGACGUAUCAUUGAUGUUGAUAAUUUCGACAUCAAACGCCAAAAGAUAGAUGGAGCAAUUAAGUUUUCCAACGCUAAUGUUCCACGGGAUAUUAAAAUUACUGAUAUAAUUUCUUAUGGAAGAGAAGGAUAUGCCGACUUUAUGCAUGAGUCACUUCUUUUAUUUAUUGAAACUUUAAAUGCUCCUAGGGUAAAAAAUGAUACUUUAAGACCAGAUGUUGCGUUAACAGCUCUUAGCCUGCUUUCCAUUGCCUUCUGUAGAUAUCCUCAGACCAAUAUGUCACACUCCAUCUUUCGACAGCUGCAGUCUUGGAUUCCUUGGAUAUGUGAGCAGGCAAAGCUAGAGAGUGCAAUCACAGUUGAUAUUUCCGUGUACCUGGAAGGAAUUCAUAGCAUGCUGCUUAUACAAGGGUCCCAUUUCUUUGAGGAAAAUCUGUUUAAGAGUGAGAAUGAUGUGGACAUAAAUGUGGUGCUAAAGCUUCCAUGGACCCACACUCCAGUGGUCCCCAAGCCUCAUCUUCCAUGGAAAUCAAAACUCUUCUCUAUUCAAGUUGCAUCGAAGCUUGGUCCAAGCUUUAGUUCUAGAACUGGUUUUGAAGUUCUGGACUUAGCUCUUCAUGAUGAAGUUGAAGAAGUAAGAAAAGAAGCUCUUGUUUCCAUGCCAGUUAUGGUGAUCUCGUCUGGUCUUGAUACUCUAGCAAACAUGUUUAGAAGAUUGGAGUCCUUGGAGAAAGAUAAGCAUGAAAAGGUUAAGAAAGUGAUUCCUUACUGUCUUGGAUUUUUAUCAUGCCUCUAUGGAUCUUACCGUGGUGUUGACGGAACACAAAGAUGUUCCUGCAAAUUAUUUUUAAACAUCAAAGAUGAGAGACAGAUUGAGACUUUAGAUUAUUUGUUAGAAGGAUUUUGGUGUUCAAAGUGUGAUGGUAGUGUGUUGCACAAAGAUGAGCCUAAUUCUAGAGUCAUGCUUCCGCUGGAACCAAAUAGUUUGGGGAGUAGUCGCAGUUUUGAUUUUGCUCAUUUUUAUUCUUUAUAUAUUAAUCUGCUUUUUGAUGAGUCUUCCGAAGAGGUUCAGCUUGCCUGUGUAGCAGCUAUUCGAAGGGUUGUUUUACAUGGCCCCCAGGAUGCUCUGUUUAAAAUGAGAACAGAGUGGGUUAAAUGCAUUGAUUUUCUGCUGCUCAACAGAAAGAAGUCCAUAAGAGAAGCAUUCUGCACUCAGAUUAGUUCGUUCCUUCAAGAUCCAAUAGUGAGUUUUCUAUUUUCAGAUGGGAAUGGUUCAAGUAAAAGCAGUGAGGAAAACUUCUUGGAUAUGAUUAAAAAUGCUCUGGCAGCCACUGAAGAUCCCCAGAUAAUAGAGACUCUUCUGGAAUCCACUGCAGAAAUUAUGAUGGCAGUUGAUGUUUAUAGUAAACUCUUCCUGUUUUCCCUGAUCUUAUUGGUUGAUCAACUGGACAAUCUAUACUUGACUGUAAAAUUGAAUGCAUCACGAUUAAUACACAAAUCUUGCUGUUUCCAUUUUAAUGGAGGCUUUGAACUAUUGCUUUCUAAAGCUGUUUAUAUUCGCAAUGAGCUGUUUGAUUAUCUAUCUAUCAGGCUUGCAAGCCGUCCGAAAAUGGUGAAAGAGUUUGCAGAGGCAGUUCUUGGUGUUGAAACUAAAGAGCUACUUAACAAGAUGAUUCCUGUUGUUCUUCCAAAGCUUGUAGUGUCACAGCGGGAUAACAAUCAAGCAGUUGACACGUUAUAUGAGUUGGCCAAGUGCUUAAACACCGAUGUGGUACCUCUGAUAGUAAAUUGGCUGCCAAAAGUGCUUGCCUUUGCUCUCCACCAAGCAGAUGAGAAGGAGUUGUUUUCUGCUUUACAAUUUUACCAUGCACAAAUUGGCUCUAAUAACCAAGAAAUUUUUGCAGCUGCAUUGCCUGCACUUUUGGAUGAACUUAUAUGCUUUCUUGAUGGCGGUGAUUUGAAUGAAAUAAAUAGUAGGUUAGAUAGAGUGCCUCACAUGAUAAAAAAGGUUGCUAGAGUGCUGACUGAUGCUGAGGAUCUUCCAGGCUUCUUGAGGAAUCAUUUUGUGGGCCUCCUUAACAGUAUCGACAGAAAAAUGCUCCAUUCAGAGGAUUUUUCACUGCAGAAGCAAGCUUUGAAACGUAUUGAGAUGCUAAUCAAAAUGAUGGGUUCUCACCUGAAUACCUACGUGCCAAAGUUAAUGGUGAUUCUCAUGCAUGCUAUUGGUAAAGAAUCACUCCAAUCUGAAGGACUCUCUGUAUUGCAUUAUUUCAUUGUGCAGUUGGCAAUGGUAUCACCGUCUAGCACUAAACAUGUAAUUUCUCAAGUUUUUGCUGCUCUUAUACCCUUGUUGGAGAAAGAUACAGAAAAUUCGUCUGCUCAUUUGCAUAAGGUAGUGGAAAUUCUAGAAGAACUUGUAUUAAAGAACAGGGUUAUUUUGAAGGAGCAUAUUCAUGAGUUUCCUCUUUUGCCCAGUAUUCUGGCUUUAACGGAAGUGAACAAAGCUAUACAAGAAGCCCGUGGAGCAAUGACCCUGAAGAAUCAAUUACGAGAUGUUGUUGCUGGUCUGAAUCAUGAGAAUCUGAAUGUAAGAUAUAUGGUUGUGACUGAGUUGAGCAAGUUGCUGAAAUUAAGAAAGGAGGAUGUUGCAGCUCUGGUAAAUGGUGAAGGUGGUUCGGACAUGGAUAUUUUGAGCUCUUUGAUCACAUCUUUGCUCAGAGGUUGUGCUGAGGAAUCAAGGACUGUAGUAGGACAGCGGCUGAAAUUAAUAUGUGCUGAUUGCCUUGGAGCUCUUGGUGCAGUUGAUCCUGCAAAAUUAAGGAAUGUUUCAUGUCAACGCUUUAAAAUUCAAUGCUCAGAUGAUGACCUUAUUUUUGAGUUGAUCCAUAAGCAUCUAGCAAGGGCUUUCAGGGCGGCGCCUGAUACAGUUGUUCAGGAUUCUGCUGCUUUAGCUAUACAAGAGCUUUUAAAGAUUGCAGGUUGUGAGGCAUCACUGGAUGAGAAUGCUGCUUCUAUGUCACAGACUAAGAAGGAUAAGGAACCUCUAAAAACCAGUUCCUUGGGGAUCAAAACUUCUUAUAGUAGCAGUGGGAACAGUAGUAGGGGUCAGAAAUUAUGGGAUCGGUUUUCUAAUUAUGUUAAAGAGAUAAUUGCCCCUUGCUUAACCUCUAGAUUUCAGCUUCCAAACAUGGCUGAUUCUGCAUCUGCUGGACCAAUUUAUAGGCCUUCUAUGUCAUUCAGAAGGUGGAUUUUCUCUUGGAUAAAAAAGCUGACUGCACAUGCAAUUGGAUCUCGUGCAAGCAUUUUUAAUGCUUGUCGAGGCAUAGUUCGCCAUGAUAUGCAAACAGCAAUGUAUCUGUUGCCAUAUUUAGUCCUCAAUGCUGUCUGUCAUGGCACAGAAGAGGCACGGCAUGGUAUUACAGAAGAAAUCCAAUCAGUUCUUAAUGCUGCAGCUUCAGAGAACAGUGGAGCUGCUGUUUAUGGAGUCAGUGGUCGACAAAGUGAAGUUUGCAUUCAAGCAGUUUUUACUCUUCUUGAUAAUCUUGGUCAGUGGGUGGAUGAUGUUAAACAAGAGCUUGCUCUCUCUCAGUCUUUAUCAUCAGCUUCAAGGCAGCAGGCAUCCAAGUCAAAGGAUCAAAGUUUGGCUUUAUCUGCAAGUCAAGAUCAACUUCUUGUACAGUGUAAAUAUGUUUCUGAGCUUUUAAGUGCAAUUCCAAAGGUUACCCUUGCUAGGGCUUCCUUCAGGUGUCAGGCUUAUGCAAGGUCUUUAAUGUAUUUUGAAUCUUUUGUGAGAGGAAGAUCAGGUUCCUUUAAUCCUGCUUCCGAGAGAAGUGGCAUUUUUGAGGAUGAAGAUAUUUCAUAUCUAAUGGAAAUAUACAGUUGUCUGGAUGAGCCUGAUGGAUUGUCAGGACUAGCAUGCUUACGUAAGUCGCACAGUUUACAAGAUCAGCUCUUAAUAAACAAAAAGGCUGGAAACUGGGCAGAAGUUUUGACAGUUUGUGAGCAGGCCUUGCAGAUGGAACCGACCUCUGUUCAGAGGCAUUCUGAUGUUCUCAACUGUUUAUUAAACAUGUGCCAUCUUCAGGCCAUGGUUACUCAUGUGGAUGGCUUAAUUUCAAGAAUACCCAAAUACAAGAAAACAUGGUGCAUGCAAGGUGUGCAGGCUGCAUGGAGGCUUGGAAGGUGGGACCUGAUGAAUGAGUACCUUAGUGGAGCAGAUGAAGAGGGCUUACUAUGCAGCAGCUCUGAAAGUAAUGCUUCUUUUGACCUUGAUGUCGCAAAGAUUCUGCAGGCAAUGAUGAAGAGGGAUCAAUUCUCUGUUGCGGAGAAAAUUGCACUAUCCAAACAAUCUCUCAUUGCUCCUUUGGCUGCUGCUGGCAUGGAUUCUUACACACGGGCUUAUCCAAUUAUUGUCAAACUUCACUUGCUACGAGAGCUAGAGGACUUCCAUACUCUUCUCAUCGAUGAAUCUUUCCUGGACAAAUCAUUUCAUUUGGGUGAUUUCGGAUUUUCAAAAGUCAUGGAGAACUGGGAGAGUCGACUCAGAUUUACACAACCAUCACUCUGGGCAAGGGAGCCAUUGUUGGCUUUCAGGAGACUGGUUUUUGGUGCUAGUAACCUUGGUGCUCAAGUUGGUUACUGUUGGCUUCAAUAUGCGAAGCUCUGUCGUUUGGCUGGCCACUAUGAAACAGCCAACCAAGCAAUUCUAGAGGCACAGGCUUCUGGUGCGCCUAAUGUUCACAUGGAAAAGGCUAAGCUUCUUUGGAGUACUAGGCGCUCUGAUGGUGCCAUUGCUGAGUUGCAGCAAUCUCUUCUGAACAUGCCAGUGGAGGUUGUAGGCUCUGCAGCAAUAUCAUCAAUUACUAGCCUUUCACUGGUUCCGCUAAACCCACAACCUUUACCUGGUGAUACUCUAGCUAUGAAUGAGAACCAAGAGAUUGCAAAGACCCUCCUCCUGUAUUCUAGGUGGAUUCAUUACACUGGGCAGAAACAGAAGGAGGAUGUGAUAAGUCUUUAUUCAAGGGUGAGGGAACUGCAACCCAAGUGGGAGAAAGGGUACUUUUAUAUGGCUAAAUAUUGUGAUGAAGUACUUGUUGAUGCCAGGAAACGUCAAGAAGAGAAUUUUGAGCUAGGUCCCAGGAUGAUUCCCUCAGCUUCUGCCAUUGCUCCUCCUUCAAACUCAAACACUGAGAAAUACUGGUGGUAUUAUCUUCCUGACGUACUGUUAUUCUAUGCAAAGGGGCUUCAUCGGGGCCACAAGAAUCUGUUUCAAGCACUUCCAAGGUUGUUAACCUUGUGGUUUGACUUUGGGAGUAUUUAUCAGCGAAGUUCAGCUGCCUCUAAUAGGGAUUUGAAAAACGUCCAAGGGAAGGUAACUAGUAUAAUGCGAGGCUGUUUGAAAGAUUUGCCAACUUAUCAAUGGUUAACAGUCUUACCUCAGCUGGUGUCUAGAAUUUGCCACCAAAAUGAAGAUAUUGUUAAACUGGUCAAAAACAUCAUCAUUUCUGUUGUCCGGCAAUAUCCACAACAAGCACUAUGGAUUAUGGCAGCAGUUUCAAAGUCCACAGUUCCUUCUAGGCGGGAAGCAGCUGCAGAAAUCAUUCAAGUUGCACGAAAAGCAUUUAGCCUAGGAACUAAUGGCAAUAAUUUGUUUUUGCAGUUUGCUAGCCUGGUUGAUCAUCUUAUCAAGCUGUGUUUCCAUGCGGGCCAGCCAAAAUCGAGGACUAUUAAUAUCUCAACCGAAUUUAGUGCAUUGAAAAGGAUGAUGCCUCUUGGAAUUAUCAUGCCAAUUCAACAAUCUCUUACUGUCAGUCUGCCAACCUAUGAUGUGGAUCUCACUGAAUCUCUUUCUUCUGAUAUCUUUGCUGGUGUGGAGCUUCCUACGAUAUCUGGCAUAGCUGAUGAGGCUGAGAUUCUUUCAUCACUUCAGCGGCCUAAGAAAAUUGUAUUAUUGGGCAGUGAUGGCAUUGAACGUCCAUUCCUUUGCAAGCCCAAAGAUGACCUCAGGAAAGAUGCCCGCAUGAUGGAGUUUACUGCAAUGAUAAACCGUUUACUAUCAAAAUAUCCUGAAAGCCGUAGGAGGAAGCUUUACAUUCGUACAUUUGCAGUGAUUCCUCUUACAGAGGACUGUGGCAUGGUGGAAUGGGUACCCCAUACUCGAGGCCUCCGGCAUAUUCUUCAAGACAUUUACAUCACAUGUGGCAAAUUUGACAGGCAGAAAACAAAUCCCCAAAUUAAACGGAUUUAUGAUCAAUGCUCUGGUAAAAUACCGGAAGAUGAGAUGUUGAAGAACAAGAUUCUUCCAAUGUUCCCACCAGUUUUCCACCAAUGGUUUUUAACUACUUUUUCAGAGCCUGCUGCUUGGUUUAGAGCUCGAGUUGCUUAUGCUCACACAACAGCUGUUUGGUCCAUGGUUGGGCAUAUUGUGGGUCUGGGUGACCGACAUGGGGAGAACAUUCUUUUCGAUUCUACCACAGGUGACUGUGUUCACGUUGAUUUUAGUUGCUUAUUUGAUAAGGGGUUGCAAUUGGAGAAGCCUGAGCUGGUGCCUUUCAGGCUAACGCAGAACAUGAUUGAUGGACUGGGCAUCACUGGAUAUGAGGGCAUCUUUUUGAGGAUUUGUGAAAUAACACUUUCAGUUCUGAGGACACAUAGGGAGACCUUGAUGAGUGUUCUUGAAACUUUCAUUCAUGAUCCUCUUGUAGAGUGGACAAAAUCUCACAAAUCCAGUGGUGUAGAAGUUCAGAAUCCACAUGCACAGCGGGCCAUAAGCAAUAUUGAGGCAAGGUUGCAAGGAGUGGUUGUCGGUGUAGGAGCAGCACCGUCUCUACCGCUAGCUGUAGAAGGUCAGGCUCGUCGUUUGAUUGCAGAGGCAGUUUCUCACAAGAAUCUUGGAAAGAUGUAUAUAUGGUGGAUGCCAUGGUUUUAGCAACUAUGUAAAAAUAUCUUGGAACGUUGUAUAUAUAGAUGAUAUUGUUGUAGUAAAGUUUUUGGUUGGUGUAAGAUUAAAUGAAACUGUUAAAACCCUCAUGCUUCGCUUGGGAGGAUGUAACUUCCAUCUUUCUAAAUACAAAUUGAUUAAAUCAUAUUUUUGUUUGGAA